GAUACAUUGGCUUGGCACAAAGUCCCUGCAGUUAACGAGACAAUCACAUGCGUUCUUUGUUGUUGAUGUGUAUUGACAUGCUACGCCCUUUACAGGAUUCGUUCACGUACAUAAACGAGUUCAGUUCACUUUCAAGUCCUCGUCCCACUUCAGUUGAGCGUCCUCAAACCAUCGCGAUCAGAACACGAAAACAGCGUUUCGUUCACAACAAAAUGGUGGUUUUCUCUGCUUGGGAAAUCGUUUUGUUUGGGCUGCUUUCUGCAUUUGGAAUUGCUAAAGGUGAAUUUAAAAUCGUCGAACCAUAUCCAGCACCCAUCUAUCCAAUUGAGCACUCCUCGGCAAAAGUGACUUGCGUUGCGUACGAUGAUGCUGGAGAAAAAAUCCCGGAGAAAAUCAUGUUUAAGAGGAAAGACAGAUUUAACGUAUAUACUAACCUGACAGAAGAUGGUGGUAACAUUUACUUUACGGGUAGAACAGAAGAAAAUGGACGCAAGCUCUUUGUUACCAUGCACAUCAAGAAUGUAACUAUGGAAGACGACAGCCAAAAUGUCAAUAAGGGAAGUUAUGAGUGCCAUGCUUAUGCAGUGGGUGAUAAGAAAGGCGACUCGUUUGGUUUUAGCGUCAACGUCAUUAAAAAAAGCGACAUCCCUAAAGUGGCUAUCUCUCAAGUUGGCAUCCUGGAACACGGCAACAACGUUUCAAUCAUUUGCAACUUGACGGAGAGAGGAAGUCAACAAGACACAAAACUGGCGAACGUUUCUUUGAUUAAAAAUGGCGUAUUAAAGAGCAAAGUGAAUGUCUCUGAGGACCCACUAACUUCCACAAUCUUGCUUGGCCCGGUUGUUCUAAAAAAUGUUGGCGUCAAUGAUGGAGGUACAUACACUUGUCUUCUGGACGUGCUAUUGAAAAACAAAAGUCCUCACAAAGUGACAGACAGCACCUUGAUUAGAAUUGCACCUUGGUUUGAACAUGAAGGCGAAAAAGAAGUCACAAAAAAGAAAGGAGAGGGCGCGACACUGGACUGCAGCGCCAGAGGGUUCCCUCUCAACGUGGAAUGGAAAUAUAAGAAAGACGAAAACGAAGAGAUGGUAACUUGUGUUGAUUUUUUCAAAGAUAAACGUUACAAUAUCGAACGCAACGGAAUAUAUGACCCUUACAACCUGACCGUCGCCGACCUGGAGCUGAGUCACGGUGGAAGUUACUACUGCUGCCUGCCAUCAAAUUGUUCCAAGCAGAUCGACGAGGAUCGGUGUCAGAGGUUUGUCCUCACUGUCGAAGAUUCUGAAGACGAGAUAAGUGGUACAAUGGCUUUGAAAUCUGUCGGCCUGUUUGUGGUGCUGGCUUUCUCCGUGGUUUCAUUUCUGCUUUUGUAGAUUGACAGAGAACAAGCUCCGAACAAAGAAGGGCGAUAUGCUGUUAUUUUGCCCCCAAGAGGAAUGUAAUUUGAUUUUGAGCUAUGUACGACUCUAUUUAAUUUUUGACUUCUUUUGGACAUAUGAUUAAAGUUCCUCUCAAACUGAUACUUACCUUAGUCAAGGAAACGAAAAGGCAAAGUAGAUAAAACCUGAGUAUCUGUACGAAAUGUCACACGUAAUGCCUGCUUGUAUGAGACCCAUUACAGAAUCAUGUCACGUGCUUCGUUAAUCAUAGAAAGGGCGUGGUACGAGAUGGUAGAUAUCAAAAAAAGCGUCAUUGUGAGAUCCUUGUUGUUUAACUGUCAAUUUUUGAUGGUGAUAAGAAUUUUUUUUAGAAGAUGAGAACACGUUUGGGAAAAGGUGCUGAAUGGCAAGCUUUGCAGUACUACAUACUUUUCGAACUUAUAAUUAAUAAUUUAAAAAAAAUGGAUAUUCAUGUCCUAUACUGUCUUAAAACUCUCCGCGAAUUUGAAAUAGUCAUUUUAAAGAAAUAUAUGAACACUCGCCGAGCUUUAACAUCUCUGACAUAGAUUUAAAGCGCGCAAAACAAUAAAACAUGAUUUUCUGUGUCUUACACUCUGAUAA